AUGCCUACUCUGCAAGAGAGAGGGGCAGACUUGGUAUGGACAGAGGAGCAAUGGCGAUAUGCAGAGCAGGCAGUGAAGAUGGACAGCAUGGAUGAAUUGGUGGGAUAUCUCGAGGGUCUUUAUGCGGAUGGGAUCAUGUCGCCGUCAAAUGCAUACAUAUUCAUACCUAACAGCUUAAUCAGAGGCCAUCAGCUUGAGCUGCGCAACAACGAUGGGACUUUGAUGGCAUACAGUUGUGUUGAGACAGCUCUUAAUCAAGACUUGUACGAGUUGGUCAAGGUGAUAUUUGGAGAUCUCUUCCAAUGGAUUCAAAUUAACCUGCAGGAAUACCUGCCAGAGGAGUAUGAAUUACUUGAAGCUAGCGCACGCAUCCUACUGGGCAACCGUCAUUCCCCCGUGCUACCUUUCCUAUCGCUAGUCUUCAACAUCAACGUCGUCACCAAAGGACACAGAGAUGGUAAAGACAAACAUGUUUGCCUUGUCCUUCCCAUAGGAGUCUUUGUAGGCAGGGAACUGGUCAUGAUGGAGACCGAUCUUGUGGUAGAGGUCUUGCAAGGAGAUUUUAUUGUGGCAUCUGUAGUUCUCCACACAGACAAAGCCAUGGAUCAUUGGGAAAGUGAGCGUAACAGUUCUCAAGACAUGCUAGCUGCAGAGGAUGAUGAGGAGCAAGAAGAUGAUGAUGGUCAGGACAAAGGGCACUCUGUUAUUGUUUGA